UAUUCACAGUGCAUUCAGGUGAUUUUACUCGAGUAAGAUACACAUUCUUCAACAUAAUAAACUAUAGCAACGUAAUACAAUUACUCAGACAUCACUAUAGCUCAACAAGUGCUAAAGACAGGGGCGGCGCACGUUGCCAUGGCGAAGCGUCACUAUGACACCGCGAGCAGAAGGCGAGGCGAGGAUUCGGAUGUUUCUCCAACUCCUCCAGUAGCACAUAUUCAUCAGAAAAGCCACCAUCUCCCCCUUAAUCGACGUCAGAUUUCGCUAUAUUUUGAGUCGGACAACUAAACAAUCUUAUAUUUCCUUUCAUCCAAUGGAAAAGCGUUUCUCCGUCUGUACAUUUGAGCGUUCUCCUAGUUGCACGACAUAAUCCCAGUUAGUCAUGUUACGUUAGCUAGCUAGCGAGUCGUUAAUCGAGCAACACCAUCGUCAACAUCCCCAAGAAACAGACAAGAUAAGAUAUGGAGACGGAAGGUUAGAAGAACCAAAACCGAACCGAAGACAUGGAGUUACAUGAGGAUUAUCAGGAAUCAAAGCACAGCCCAUUGUCCCAUCUUAGUGAUGGGAAGGUCUCCAAAUCAUCUCCGCAAUCUGAGAAACAGGAUAAAUACCGGAAAGACGUAGAGGGCUCGUCAGGGGGUCGUGUAUUGACCAGAACGCGAGAUCCGGAUCGAGAUCGAUGUUCGGAUGGAGAGCGCAGCAGUGCCUCUUUCUACUCUGAUGAUGAUUAUGAAAAUGUCUCGCACUCUGACCAGUCUCUCUCGCCACGGUCCUUAUCUCCAUCACCACAUAGAAGAGGAAGAUCUAGACGUGUGUCCGGCAGCCCCUUACAUCGAGCAGUUGUGAGUAAAGGUGUGUCACGCCACCCUCCACCCCAUUCCCAUAAUCCUCAGCAGCAAUCAAGAGGCAUGCGGUCCCACAGUCUAAAUAAAGAUGCACCAUCCAAAGAUGUUGACCCGGUAACCAAGCGAAUGCUGUCUGCACGUCUGCUUAAGAUCAACGAACUAAAGAACGCAUUGUCUGAGCUGCGGCUACAUGCGGAUGAGCUGCAGCGGGAGAACCGUUUGCUGCGGCAGCUGCAGCUCAGACAGGAGAAAGCACUGCAUCGCUACAAUGACACCGAUAGCGAGAUCUCGCAGCUGCUGUCUCGCCACAACAACGAAACUCACGUGCUGCGAGAGAGGCUACGACGAAGUCAGACGAACCAGCGAGUAGCUGAGGGCAGCCUCAGAGAGAGGGAUGCUCAGCUCCAGCGCUGUCGAAAUCAGGUACAGAAGCUACAACAUCUCGUCGAUGACCAAAAUCUUGGAGAACGGGAAGAACUCUCCCAGAAAUUUGUGUAUGCUCAAGCCAAAUUGCAAGAGAGUGAAUGCAGAGUUAAGGAGUUGGAGAAGAACAUGGAGUUGAGCAGCGGAAGCUUUCAAAGGCACCUGACUUAUGAGAGGAGAAGAACUCACGAGGCUCAACAGCAAGUUAAAGCACUACAGGAGGAAGUGGAGAGACUGUGCACUAAACUGAAGGAGAAAGAAAAGGAGCUUGACGCAAGGAACAUCUACGCUAACAGGAUGGUGAAAGCGUCUUCCAAGAAAGAAGCAGAUCAUGCCAGUAGCCGGAAAGCGUCCAACACAACAAGCACUAAAGCUGUACAGACUGAAGAAAGGACCCUCUCGUUGGAUUUUCCCUCGCCUCCUCCAGCUCUUACCAGUGGUCUCCCACAUGACAUCCAAACCGAUGAUUACCUCUCUCUAAAGGUUCAAAAGCCUACUGAGCAUCGCAGGCAGGAUCAGCAAGGCAGAGACCAGAAGCACAGAGACGCAAAGGAGUGGGAGAUCCAAACAUUUUGGAGAGAGAGGGAGAAGGAAAGAGAGAUUGAAUUUGCAAUGCAACAGACGAGAGAGAAGGAGAAAGAAAAAUACAUUCAUGACAUGGAAAGAGAAACAGAACUGUUGACGGACAAAGAGAAACAAAUACAAAGACUAGAUCAACAGUCCAGCUCACACGACAAGAACGCAAAGGGCCUCAGAAAUGGCCUUGACAGAGAUGAAGAGGAUUGGAGGAUUGGUCUGUCUAAAUCUCGAAAGGAAGAAGAAAGCAGGAGGCAGCGUGAACCUGAAGAAGAAGAAUUUAAAGCCAGAAAUCAGGAGAUCCAGGCCGCCAAUCAAGAACAAGUUGAGGAGGAACGUCAACGCAAAGAGCAGCUGUUAGCUAAAAUGCGUGAGAUUGACAUGCAGACACAAGGCCAGGACUCCGACUUCUUCUCAGACGACACAGGAAGUGUCCGCUCUCCCCCACGAUCGUCCGAGCAACGCAAACAGAACGGUAUUUUCAAACUCACAGACCCAGAUGAAACAGCAAACACAUUUGGUAGCAGAAAAAGGGAGGCCGGUAUCCGAGCACAGCGACCGAGCGAAGAUCUGGACCUGGCCUUUGGCAGCUAUGCCCCGUCUUUUGGGAAACCCGCCUUACGUACAGGUUUGACCUCACGCAACACAAAUCAAAACUCAAAUCCAGAGCCACCUCGAGAAUUGGACGGAGGGUUGGAACUGGGAGGUGUAGUCAAAGAGAAGAAAUCCAAUCUCAUGCAGCAGCUUUUCGGGUCCAAUGCAGCUCCACCUCCUUCAGAAGCAUCCAGCAAGAUGGAGGUCCUGAGCCCCCCGGUAUCAGCCCAACUCCAUUCAGGAGCAGUGAGUGGACGAAAGAGGGACACAGACACACCAAUGGGUCUAAACAUGGGUUCUCUCCCCAACAAUAGGAGCACUCUUCAAGUCUCUGAGAGCCGGCCCGCAGUCAGGGCCAUUACAUCAUUUGAUGAUGACAUAGAGGAAGUGACCCUCUAAAUAGGGCGUCUUUAUAUAACAGUUGCACAUGGCAGAAUCAGUUUCUUGAGAACAGGAAGAGAUUUCAAAUACCUCAGAUACUUGCUUGUGUACUCCCUUUUGAAGCCAGCCCUGAUUAAACGAUGUUUAAUUUCCGUA